ACUUUGCUGCAUGCAUACAUUGCAGCAACGCAAGCGCUAGUUGGCCCUAGGAAUUUUGAUAUGGUAUUGCCGGUCUCUCGGACUACGAAUUUUCUAAAUGUCGUGAGCAUAUAUAUGUCUAUGACAUGUGACCUGCAUUUUCAUACAUUCUAAGAGCAUAAAUCCAAGCCGCCGCUGGACCGUGUGGCAAUGAGAGUCGCGAGCACUUUGCCGUCGCCCUGCGUCCCACCGAGGUCAGCUGCUAGCGGCCAUGCUAUCACGGCACCCGCGCUUGCGGGCACAGCCGUCCGUGCCUACCCGACACGGCCUGCGCGCGCCCACACGGCAGGGAGAAGGAGGGCUUGCAGCACGGGGGCAGCCGCCAAUGAUACAGGCGGGCCAAGCAGCGCCGGCGACGCCGCGGCGGCGCCCGCUGCUGCCAACGCGCGCAAUAGGCGUGUGUCGCAGCGCUGGCGGCAGCAGGCUGAGCUGUGGGGUGGCUACGAACCAGAGCCAGAGCCAGAGCCCGUACCAGAGCUGGAGUCAAAACAGGCACUAAGAGCAAAGGAGAAGGUGCAGCAGCAAGCGGGUGUGGCUGCGGAUGCGGGUGCGGAUGCGGCUAGUCGCGGCCGGGGCCGAGCUGCAAGUACGGCAGGCGCGCCCCCGGCGGCAGCACAGGACGAGGACGUGACGGCGGCGGCGGCGGCGGCGGCGCUGACGGCACAGACGGAUCCGGACCAGCUGCUGCGCGGCGGCCGCCACCGGGCGCGCCAGCCUGUGACGGCGGGGGCGCUGGAGGCGGCGGAGAGCAGCAGCGAGGAAGCUCGCGCACAGCAGCCAUCGCACCCGGGUCCGGAUGGUAUGGUUGGAAGCGGAGAGAAUGGUACGGAGUUCAGCGGCGCCGGUGAUAUAAGGAAUGGAAAUGGCGACGACGCCGUUGAGGGAGGCAUCGCGGAAGGGGACGCCACGGCGGCUCCUGACUCGCCCGUUGUGCGGCUGCGGCUGCGGCGGUCGCGGCAGACGGGUGCCGCGGCAGCGGUGGGCCGGCGCGUGCGGCUGCUGCUGCCGGAGCGGCCGCAGCCGUGGGCGGUGAAGGCUCUGAUGCGGGCGCGGGAGGUGGAGCAGCAGCAGGCGGAGCAGCAGGCGCAGCAGUUGCCGCCGGCGUCUGCGGCGGGCGCCUUCCCGCCGCUUGCCUUUCCGCCCCUGCCGGUGGAUGAGGGACUGGCGCCGGCGGAGCUCGAGCUAGACAGUGACGGAGACGGCGGCGACAGCGGCGGCGGCGCCGGGCCUAGCGACACAGCCGUGCUGCGACCAGUCAGGCGGCGCCGCCUGGCGGAGCCGUCGCAACAGCAGCCACAGCGGCAGGCGCACCUGCAGCAACAACAGGGCACGAAUCAGGAGCAGCAGCAGCAGCAGCAGCAGCAGCGGCAGGGGCCGCGGGUGCGGCCCAAGGUGGCGGCGCACCCCGACGGCACGCUGUGGGCGCCGCGCAAGGAGCUGGGGGAGCUGGCCGACCGCAUCCUGCAGCAGCUACAGCCCGCCAUCAACCAGCUACAGCCGGCGCCAGGCGGCGCAGCGGGCGGCACGGUCAGCAGCAGUAGCAGCAGCGGCAGUGGCGGCGCCGCCGCCGCCGGCUGCUGCCACGUCCUGGCGGCGGGCGAGAAACAGUCGUACGUACUGCUGCGAGCGCUGUCGUACAAUCAGGAGCUGCUGCGGCUGGCUGCAGCUGCGGCUACUGCUACUGCGGCAAGUGGGUCCGCGGCGUCACCGCCGGCGCUGGGCUUCACCAUGUGCGGCGUGGGCGUGUCAGACCUGCGCCUGUUCUGGGAGGAGACCACGGCGGCGGAUCCACACGGCCCGCUGCCGCAGCUAGGCGCCAGCCCGCCCGGCCGCCACGGAGAAGUGCCGGCGGGCCGCGCCGCGCCGCCGCUGCAGGAGGGCUGGCUGCCGCCCGCCAGCCAGGCCGAGCUACAGCCGGCGGCGCUGGCCACCGUGUUCGUACUGCCGCCGCUGGCGGCGCCGCUGUGCAGCGCCAUCGGCGGCGGCGGCGGCGGCGGCGCGAGUGGCGGGGCGCUGCCGGGGAGUGAGCAGCCGCCGCUGGCAGUGAGCGCCCGCGCCGGCGCCGACAAGCUCGCGGAGCUGGCUGUAGCGCGGCUGCGGCGGGGCGGCUACUGCCGACUGGCGGCGCUGGGGCGGGAGUCGACGGCUGUGUGCGCGCAUGUCCUGGCCCGGGCUAGCGGCUUGCUGGCGGCGGAGGGCGUGUGUGUGCUGGCGCUGCCGCACAUGAGCGCCCUGGCGCCGCAGCCCCGAGCCAACACCGGCAGUAGCAGCAGCAGUAGCAGCAGCAGCAGUAGCAACAGCGGCAGUAGCAGUAGCAGCACCCACACAGCCGGCUCGCAGGGCAAAGCCAAGGCUGCUUCGCUGCUGCCGCCGCCGCUGCAGCGGGCGGGUGUGGCGGCGCUGCCGGACGUGUUGCUGGACCAGGCGCCACAGCUGCACCUGCACCUGCUGGCAGCCGCAUGGAGGGAGGACGGACGGCCGCAGCUGCCGCACUGGGCGCUGGCGGCAGCGGGACCGGCGGCGGCGGCGGCGGCAGGGGUUAAGGAGGCAGGGGUGACGGAGGCAGGGGCAGGGGUGGAGGUGGGGGUGGCGGCUGCGGGGCAGGAGCAGGGGGGAUGGGGAGGAGGAGGAGUUCCAGGGGCAGCGGCAGGGGCUGAGGCGGGGGCGCCAGUUGUUCUGCGCCUGCCGCCGGGCGUCGGCGACAGUAGCACUGGCAGUGGCAGUAGCAGUGGCAGCAGCAGCAGUGGCAGCAGCAGCAGCGGCAGUAGCACUGGCAGUGGCAAGGCAGCUACUGCCCCGCUGGUGCUGGCGGCGGCCCAGCCGGCGACGGACGCGGCCGCUGAGUGGGUGUACCAGGGUCUGCAGGAGCGCCGGGUGGUGGAGGUGGAGGCGGCGGGGCUGGAGGGCGGCGUGCGGCUGUCGGCGGUGCUGCACGCGGCAGAGGGCCGCCUCCGGAGCCCAGACGCCAAGUUCCGCGGCGCGCUGGUGUUCACGCUGCCCCGCCAAGCGGCCGGGCCGGAGCUGGGCGAGGCAAGCGGCACGGCCGGCUCUGCGGCAGCGGCGUCGCCGCCCAAGCUCGUGGUGCAGCUGUUCCUGCUGCCGGCGGCUGCUGUGUCGCAGCACCUGGCCGCACUGCCGCAGCCGCACCCGGGCGACCUGCGGGUGCGCCCGCGGCCGCCGCCGUCACGGCUGGAGCUGCAGCUGCGGGCGGCGCAGCACCAGGCGGCGGAGCAGCAGGCGGCGGAGCAGCAGGUUGAGCAGGCGGCGGCGGCGGCGGAUGCGGCGGUGGAUGAUGCUGCGGCGGCGGCUGGGCGCGGCGGCGGUGGUGCUAGUGGCGCGGCAGGCGCGGCGGGCGCGGCUGGGUCCUGGGUGCAAGCCGGUGCCGACACGGACACGCGUGCGGGCAUGCCUGGCAGCACCAGCACCACCACAAGCAGCAGUAGUAGCGGCAGUAGCGGCACCGGCAGCAGCAGCACCGGCAGUAGCAGCACCGGCAGUAGCAGUAGCAGUAGCGGCAUUGGCCACGACGCGCUGGUUCCGGGCAGUCAGGACGUGGCCACGCUGGCGGCGGCGCUGACGGCGCAGCUGGCGCGGUGCGGCGUGGCGGCGGUGGCGGCGCGCGGCGCGCCGUGCCGCGCGCUGGCGCUGCUGGCGGUGGCGGUGGUGGCGGAGGGCCUGGCGGAGGCGGCGCCGGGGCUGCUGGUGCUGGUGCGGGCGGAGCAGCACGGGCGGCAGGGCCGGGACGGGCCAGACGGCAAGCGCGGCGGCGGCCGGCUGCCGCCCGCCUCCCGCUACCAGCUGCUGCUGGCGGCGCACGACGGCCGCAGCGGCCGGGCCACACUGCUGCGGCCGGCGGAUGCGGCACGACUCAUGGCAGCGGCGGCGGCUAGGGCUGGGUCUGGGCCUGGGUCUGGGUCUACUAGGGCUGAGGCGCAAGGUGCUGCGGAGGUCGCGCAGGAGGAUGUCUAGCUGCUGUUGCGGUUGUGUGUUGGGCGUUUGUGUUGGGCUUGUUGCUGUUGAGGUUGGACGACCGUGUUGGACGACCGUGUUGGAGGAUGGCGCAGUUGGUGUUGCGUAUGGGGGUGCUGAUGAACGGUGCUGAAAGAGCGCAGUGCCCCGCCGGGCCCUGUGUGCCGUGGCCGCCAUGGCCGUUGUAAUGUGUGUGAUUUGAUCAUGUGUGCGUGGGAUCCAUGAGUGUAAGGAAUCGACAAA